AUGAGAAAUCCAAGAAUUGUUCUUGGAAUAUAUCAUUGUGUUCCAAGGCUACUAUUGUGUGCUUUGUAUGCUUUUAAAACAUUUUGCUUUUUCAGAGCAAAAGGAAAUCAGCAACAGAUUGCGGUUAUAUAUAAAUAUGAAUUCGCAGGUUCUAAUGUUCAUUGUCGAUUCUUGGAAAUUAUAUUAUUGUGUGUUGUAGUUGUACAAAUUAAAAUUGAAGCCAUAAAUCUUGAAUCUUUGGUAGUGAAAGGUAUUCCCUUGGACCAUAUAAAAUUCUCUUCUUGCAAGAAAAUUAGAAAUUUAUCAUUAUGUAGAAUUUACCUUGAGAACAAUCACCUUGAAGCUCUCAUUUCAAAUAUUCCUCUAAUUGAGAAUUUGGCUUUGAGCAACUGCAAUUCAUUAGAGAAGGAGCAUAUUAAAAUCUCGAGCCAACACUUGAAAUGUUUCCAUUACAAUCGAAUCUGCUCUACUUUCAAGGUUCUCAUCUGGCCAGAAAACUUGAAGAAUUUACGUCGUCGUCAUCUUUUGCUUAAUUGGAAGCAUCUCAAAGUUAAUACUGAUUGUAAACCCGAGAAAGAGAAAGAGUCAAACUUGAAGGAUGCCUUGAUGCGGAUUGCACCUUCUUUAGAAACAUUACGUAUUAAUGAAAAUGUCAUCUUUUAGUUGCUUUACAAUAUUGUAACUGCUGAUUAUGAGAUUGUUAUAGUUACUUAUUAGUAGUCUUUAUCCUAAUGAAUUGCAUAAGAAUGACUGAUUUUUGCUUGAGAAACUCAGCAAGUUCAAUUUUGUCUGUAAUAAUUGAGUGAGCUCUUUUGUAAUUGAAACACAGAGAGAGAGAAACAAAUAAAGAAAAAGUGGCAAUAAAGAAAAUGUGUGUAAGAUUCAUUCGAGUUUUUAUUUGUUGUUUCGAAUUGCUUUUGAUUUCUUGAUUUUUAGAUCACAUUGGGAUCUUUUUAUGUUUUGUGGUGAAUUCUCAAUUCGAUUCCUAACAUGUUCUUCGAAUUAGAGUACUAAACAUUUAGGC